CUACACUUCAAAGAUACCAUAACUUUCCUCUGAGUUGCUUUGGAACGUUUUCAAUUGGCUAAGUUCAAAGACGAAAUGUCAAAUACUAACCUAAAGAGCGUGAAAGAGGAAGCUAUGGACAGUGCCUCAUCGGAGGGUGGAGGGAAUCAAGCCACACCUAAUGGCUCAGAAGCAGAGAAUGAAGCAGCGGCUCUCCCUGUCAAGCUGGCUGGUGAUGCCUUAGAAGAACUCCUUGAACAGAUGGAAGAGUAUGCACCUACUAUCCCGGAUGCAGUGACAGGAUAUUAUCUGAAUAGAUCUGGGUUUGAGGCAUCAGAUCCAAGACUGGUGAGAUUGAUUUCCAUAUCAGCCCAGAAGUUCAUCUCAGACAUUGCCAACGAUGCCCUGCAGCACUGCAAGAUGAGAGGGUCGGGUCAAAGUUCAAAGAAGUCAGUAAAGGACAAGCGCUACACUCUCACCAUGGAAGACCUCAGCCCUGCGUUGACAGACCAUGGGAUCAACGUCAAGAAACCCUAUUACUUCACAUAAUGGCCCACAGGGUCAUGAACCUCGUGCAUGUACAUACAUGGGUAUAUGUGAAAGACUAUGCAGAACAUUCAUAACGGCCGUGCUCCAAGAUGUGAUUCUCGGCACAUACCUGUAUAUACCUUUAGGCUUGAUCGAGUAAACAGACUUGCAGCAUCUCAGAGAGAGAAAGAGAAUGCUUUGGGAAAUUCAAAGCUUUUUAGGGCAGUUGGAAGCAAGACUUUACAUAUACCUAUGACUAUUUGGCAAGACAUGAAUCUAGAUUUGCCACUCUCCACCCAGGUGUAGCAGCUUGGUACCUGGUAGGAUUCAUUCCUUGAAUGCACUGAGCACUACGGUUGCUGGAGCUGAAGCAAGGGUAAUAAUAUCCAAAGUCCUUCGGAAGAGCAUAGAUAUGUUAUACAUGUAUCAUAAUGUGAUAUGCGCUAUACGAGGUAGUCAUAUUAUUGUUAGUAGUCACACUAGUCAUUAUAAGAUGAUGACGUAGAUCCUAAUCAAAUGAUCAGUUGAGAGCGUAUAUGUGACCAGGCAUUUAUUUUGCCUAACACGUAAUUUUGAAAAUGA